AUGGCCGAACGUACCGCUAAAAAGCCCAUAGUCAGAUUCCAAGUCAUCCACUACUACUUGAUCCCAAUUGUCGCUCUAGUCGUUUGGUGGGGCAUGUUGAUCGCCAUGCUUGCUUGUUGGGGUGCCCAAGGAAGACCAAUCUAUUCCUUCAUGAAUGGUGAAUACCAAGACCCAGUGUACUUGUCCGAUAUUGGUGCCACGAACUUACAACCAUUGUUUAUUUCAUGUGCUGGGUUCCAAGCUAUCUUCUUCGUGGGUACUUUGAUUGCAGGAAUGUUUUUAAGAAAGACAAACAGAAUUCAGCCUUACGUCUCCUACCACCAGCCAAGGUUAGCUAUUGCUAGUAUCAUAUUGUCUAUAAUUGGCCAAUUGGGAAUCCUUUUCGUGUCAAUUUUCAAUACCAAGAACUUCCACCACGUUCACUUGGCUAUGGUCGGGGUCUUUAUCGCAUUUGUUUUCUUUGCAUGCUGUUGCGAUUUUGGAAUCAGCUUUGUUUUUGGUACAAAUUCAAGCCUCUUGGACCCGGUUCACGAUACUGUCAUCUUUGGGAAAUCACGGACGAGCAACCUAUAUUUCUUCAGUUUUAUGACUAAAAUAUUGUGGUUGGCUGUUGCAAUUGUCCUUGCUGCCUGUUUUGGUUAUUACAUGAAUGUGGGCAAUGAUCUGCGCUCAGCAAGAUUUGAGUGGGCCAUUUGCUUUUGGUACGGGUUGUUAUUGAUAUUGUGGAGCAUUGACAUGAUUCCAAGUGCGGUUAGGAAAUACAGAUCAAAACAUCCAAAUUUGUAUCAAACAAAUCAAUAUGACUACGAGAAACAACAAGAUGGAUCUAAAUGGGAACAAGAUUUACAGAAUCACGGAAGACAUUCAUCGGCUGAUAUAGGAGACCAACCAACAUUUGUCAACUCUCCAAUUAUGCAAAAUCAACAUUUGGCGCAGCAACAGUAUCCUCCAGUAGAAACUCACUAA